UCAGUUGCUUGGAUUGGAGGACAAAAUCCAUGCGGAACCGGCUUGACGCUUAUCGCUGAAAAUGGAGCAAAUCCUUGCGGCGCGAAAUUUCCCCUAGAGAAUGGAUUUUCUUACUAUUUAGAGAAUUGUGGUGGAUCACCUCUCCAACUAUUCAACUCAGAUGGCUCUUUCAACUCGAACUGCAACCCUUCGCAUGCGACAUUUAACUGUGCUGCCGUUCAAACAUAUACUUGUGGCUAA